AUGGAAUCGCUCCUGCAACACCUGGAGCGCUUCUCUGAGCUUGUGGCCGUCUCCCGCACGACCCACGUCAGCACCUGGGACCCCGCGACAGUGCGCCGGGCCUUGCAGUGGGCUCGCUACCUGCGCCACGUCCACAGUCGCUUUGGCCGCCAUGUCCGCAUUCGCACGGCUCUGGAACGGCGGCUGCAAAAGCGGUGGAGACAGGAGGGCACCUCUGGGUCCUUUCCAGUCCCCGGGUUGACGAACUUCCAGGCCCUGGGCCGCUGUGACCUCCUGCUGUCUCUGCGCCUGCUGAAAAACCGGGCGCUCGGGGAUGCCGCCUAUCACUACCUGCUGCAGCAGCUCUUUCCGGGCCCUGGCGUCCCGGACGCCGACGAGGAGAAGCUUCAAGGCAGCCUGGUUCGCCUCGCCCGCCGCAGCUCUGCGGUCCACAUGCUGCGUUUCACCGGCUACGGAGAGAACUCGGUGCUUGAGGACUCAGUGCUGAAGACCCAGGCGGAGCUUCUGCUGGAGCGUCUGCGGGAGGUGCCGAAGGCCGAAGGCGAGGGCCCCAGCAGGUUUCUCAGCGCUCUGUGGGACCGCUUGCCCCAGAACAACUUUCUGAAGGUGAUAGCGGCCGCGCUGUUGCUUCCCCCGUCGUCUCCCCGGCCCCAAGGAGAAGAGUUGGAGCUGGGCACCCCCAAAACGCCCGGACAGGGGGGUCAGGAGCUGGUCCGUUGGCUUUUGGCGAAGUCAGAUGUCAUGGCUGCCUUUUGCCAAAACCUCCCAGUCGGGCUUUUAACUUCGGUGGCAGGCCGCCAUCCAGAGCUCUCCCGGGCCUACCUGGGUCUGCUUACGGACUGGGGUCGACUUCUGCGCUACGACCUUGAGAAAGGCACUUGGGUUGGAGCUGAGGCCCAACACGUGUCCUGGGAGGAGUUGUACGGCAGGUUUCAAAGCCUCUGUCAGGCCCCUCCACCUCUCAGAGAUGAAGUUCUAACUGCCCUGGAGUCCUGUAAGGCGCAAGAUGGAGAUUUCCAAGUCCCUGGUCUCAGCAUCUGGACAGACCUGUUGUUAGCUCUUGGGAGGGGGUCAAUAGUGCAGUUGGGGGAAAAAAAAGUUUUAGGUCUCAGCCCAGGCCCCAGUUCACUAUGGGCAGUGUUCUGUUAUUAUUUGUAUGUAUAG